AUGGAAGUCCACACCCCCGAAGAUCAUGAAUGCCAGUGUUUUCCGUGCCAGAGGUUCAGAAACCUCGAUAGCCAGCUCGAAAAGGCCAAGCAGCUCGUCGCACGGCUAGCAUUCGAAAAGGAAGCCACCAAAUCCGCAAUCAACGCCGCCCACGACCCUAUAACUGGCAGGCUUCCCAUCGAGCUCACCACGCGCAUCUUCGCUCUGGCCAUGAGCGGCUGGAAUUAUCUCCCCUCUUUCAUGGACUCUAAAAGGAACACAGUACGACCGCCUCUCCUGUUUGGGGCCAUAUGUCGGAGGUGGAGGGAAAUUGCGUGGUUGACGCCCUCGCUUUGGACGGAGGUUGAUAUCUGCUUGUCGCCAGGGAAUGCCAUGCACCGGGGCACGCUGUUGGAUGAAUGGAUUCGGCGUUCGGGGCAGCUCCCUCUCCUAAUAACCAUCCGGACCGUUCACUUAUGCCCCGAGGAAGAUUCCAUCACCUUUUCAAACGAGGUACUCGACGUCAUCAACUAG